GAUGACAACCAUACACUUCUAAAAUGGGCUGUUUACACUAGUCUGUUACUUGGGUAUGAAAGCAAAUUUGAAGCCUUACCCUUUGUAUGUGGCAUUUUAAUUCUUUUCAAUGACCAGGUGGACUUACAGUGGCAGCUUGUGUAGUAGGAUAUGAAUUAGGCUAUAGAAAUGAUAGCCAAUUGCUACUUUAUUGAAUUGUUACUCCCCUCAUUGGAAUGAUUGUUUACCCCAGGGGUUAGUACAGUGUGUAGGUAGGUAGCUAGUAGGCGUGACUAAUAUAAUUGGUGGAGGUGAUCUGAUAAGUGAUAAGGAUAUAGUGGCAAGUUGUUAGGUGACAAUGACUACUGUUUUGCAUUAAUUGAAAUAUUGGCAUUAUAAUGGUGGAGUCUGUUUGUUUACAUGUCUGGUUUUGUGUGUAGGAAAAGAACUAAGAGACAAGAUAAUUGAAAGAAGUCUGCAAAGCAAGAAUAAUGGAAGCUCGACAAAGAGUGGUCAGGGCAUAGUACUAAAUCAAGCAAAGAGCAGAGGUUCAAUGUUGUCGUUACAAGAAACAACAUCAUCAGAAUUAAGUGUAUCUUCUGACCCACUUGUUGAGAUUCGAAACAUCAGUUCAUGGACUCGUGUUCCUCUGUCUCAUAUUAAUCUGCCAGUGUCUGAAAUUGAGGCAAACACUGUGAAAGCAUGGAUUAUUGAUAAGCUUCCUGCCAAUCAUUCAAAGAAGUUUACAGCCAGUGGUGAGAUUGACUUGAUCAACUUCAUUUAUGUGCGACUGUGUGAUGAAGCGUGUCAGCCUGAUCAACUCAUGGCAGUGCUUGCCCAGUUUUUUGGUGAAGAAACAAGGCAGUUUGUGUUGCUGUUGUGGAGGUUUGUUGCUGAGGCGUUAGUGCUGAAACGUCACCAACUUAGCGAGCAAGACAUUGCGACAGCAAGAAUUUUGGGAAAUGCAGACAUGGCUGCCAGAGAAACAUUAGUUGAACCUGAUCCAAGAGAGUGGAUGGCUUCAUUGGCAAGGCUCAGUACAAAUCAAGAGAAACUGCAUAAAGAGCCAGCUCUGUCAGGCCAUGCUGUUACUUUUCAACUAACUGUGCCAGAACGAAGAGCUCUUUACGAUUUUUCAGCGGAGGUUGCAAGGUCAAAGAUAGAGUGUCAAAAUUUCGAUUUGUCACAACUUGAGUCUCAGGCUGCUCAAGCUCAGGAGCUCGUGAGCACAAAGCUGGGUGGAGAGUCUUCACACCAGCCGUUUGGUUUCCUAGACAAGAUGAUGCAGCAGAGAGAUUAUAGACGACGCAGACAGUCUUAUCGAGCGAGAAAUACACAUAUUACUAAGAGAACACCUACAGAGGUUAUGAGGGACCUGAUAGAGGCACACAUGGAUCUGUUGGGAACAAGUGUAUCUAGUCAAGAGGCAAAAGCAAAUAGAAGUGACUGGUGCUCUUCAGAGUCAACUGACAUCCAUCUCAGUGCUGCCAGGAAGGAGCAGAGCAGGGGACACAGUGAGCAUCAUUCAAGCAAAAAAAGACAUAAGCCUUCUAAGCACGACAGUAAAUAAGCAUACAGUUGAUAAGAGUGGAGACAGCCAGGCUGAUUGGUGGUGACUAGGUUCAUUUCCCCAGCUAGACGACCGAUUGUGCGACAUGCAACGGUCUGCAUCUUUCUCUGAAGCGGAUUGCCGCAAGCUGAAGGGAAGGGAAUUGAUUGAAUCAAAGGAGGAAACAAAGAGUCUAGUCAG